AAAGCGAUGGUAUUGAGGAUUAGGCUCUGCAACUUCGCUCCUAGGGUUUGUACGGAGGCGACUGCUCGCUCGUGUGUGGUCGGCCUCACUCGGACCCUGCUCUAAGUCGCAUUUAUUUGCAUUGAUUUCCCGCAUGCUAGCUGGUUUAUGGGCUCACUGCCUUCACCUGAUGGCAAUUCAUCGGCUGUUUCUUCGCAAGACUCUGGCGCCAAAUCUUUCAAGCAGGCAGUCGAGGGCAAAGCGGCGAGUCCUGAAGGGGCAAAGUUUCUCACUUAGGAAGACCUUCCGGAAGAUGAUGGAGGAAGAAGAGGUUACUGUGACUAUGAGGCUGGCCAGGAGAAAAUUUGACAGAAUCCUGCAAGACGGAGAUGCUCAUGUCUUCACAUGGGAAGUAUCUCACGGAUUCUCUUGGACCAAAACCAUUGAGGACAAAUCCCCUUUUGAAGAAGGACUGAACAACUUCAUCAGAGAGCUACGGUCCCACGAUAGGUGUCUACAUGCUCCAGAUAUACCAAUUGCUACUUUAGUGGUGCACCUCUAUGUAGAUCCCAUCCUGUGGGGUAGAGAGCUUAGAUGGGUAGAGGGUCCAUUAGGAUGGACUACUUGGAUAUAGAUUGUAGGAGACUCUUCAUCCCCAAUAGGGGAAGUCAUUUUCUGAUCUUGUCUAUAGUAUAUUGGACUGUCCAAGACUUCUAUACUUUGUAUUUGGCAUAUGUAUAUGAUGUAAUCACUGUAAUAUUCGGGGACUGACUCUUAUUUUUUCUAUUAUGGGCUAGGUGGAUCUUGAUACACUCGUAAUUUUUUGACUAUUAGAUGUAACAACUUUCCUUAU